AUGUACAACCUACCAAUUCCAGAUGAGGAGGACUAUGACUUGGACUCUUGGGCAAUCUCGAUUGAAACACAUCAACUGUCCACCAUUCUUGGCACUAUGGGUCUUGUAACUCUUGCGCAUCACAGCUUGGAAAUACAGGACCACCAAGACUUUGCAGAUUAUGUGUUUGUGGCUCAAGGUGGAUGUACUAUUCGAAUCCCACCCAAAUUCAAGGCAGGUGUUCUCAAAAAAUUGUGGAAGAAUUACCACAUCAUUGCACAUCCCUCCAAAAAUCCUCUAGUCCUCAACAUGGGAUCUCCUUCUUGUACUGUUGGAAUGCUCCAGGAAAUUUUGCAUCAACUUUGUGUACCAACCUUGCGUUUAGCGUCGUAUGGGAUGAAGUGUCCAUUCAGUCUAGUCUUCUAUAAUCUUGGCGACGGCGUCCGUGGCUUUAUGAAAACUGAACAAAAGAAGAAUCACUUUGAUAUCGGCUUUAUCCACUAUCCGUACUAUGGUACUAAACAUUUCCGCCACGAGAUCCUGCUAGCAAAACGUCCUCCUGGUUCCAGAAAAUGCCAAUCCGAAUCUUAUCCAACACUCUUAGAGCUUGGCGAAGGAUUUGGAACCAUCAAUCUCAAACCUGAUCAUGAAGCCAUUACACGCCUCAAGUGCUACUCUUCGCUAACACAUGCUCUCAAGGCCACCUCCCAAAAGGAUAUGAAGUACGCUCCAACAAUGGCCACCACCUGGAAUACACGUUUGGAUAUCUUGGAAAAAAAGGUUGACGUCUUGGCCGCAAACGAUCCAGUUCACCUCUGCGGUCUUAGAUUCGAAGCAACUGUUUAUGCAUCCACAGUUGACGAAGCCCAGGAGAUUGUGAGAUCUGGGUAUCUUCACCCUCUUGCUUACAGCCAUGGACCAGACCACCCAAACGAACAAAUCGCACUAGACUUCAAGGCCAUCCCAGUUUUAGAAUACUUUGCUUAUGUUGCUCUUAUGCUCAAGAAGCUCAAACAAAUGAAAACAGAGGUCUCUCAAAAACACGAAACCCAGAGAAAAAUCACAGACAUUCAAAAGCAGGCCAUGGUGGAUGUUGCCAAUGCAAUUGGAUGGAACGGCGGACGAGGACAGAGGCCAACUAGUGUGGAUAGAAAAAAGGUCCCAGAACCCUGGUGGGAUAAUUAUGGUGACAGUUGGGAGGAGCGCCGUAAAAAAAAAGGAGAUGUUGAUCCAGAGGAACUGCUGAAACGAUCUCCAUUGGACCUCUGGCAAUUGCGACCCAGAAGAGUGUUUCCUUGUGCCAUUUGCAAUGCUCCCGACAACCCUAACCCACCCCCACUCAAGAAGUCGGCACUCUAUCCCCCCGGAUCUAUCACCUCAAUUGCUGGCAAGAGGAAUAUCAUACUCAAAUGCAAUCACUGCUCUAUGAAAACUGAUAGCCAGAAGAAAGUUGUCAUCAUGUUGGCCACGUGGAUCGAAAAACUAGGAUUACCACUUCUCAGCGAGGAUAAGAGGCGUACACUUCCUGGCGGCUUUUCCAAGGACAACCCCGAAAAGAUUCCAUCCCCCAGCCCACCACCUCAAACCAUUCCUGAAGAAUCAUCUGAUAAAUCCUCUCCUGAGCCCCAAAGAAAGAAGGAUCAGCUUAUCCCUGUGGUCGUGGUUCCUAAAAUUGCCAUGAAGAAAAACCUAGUUGAAACCAAGACCAUCCCCUCAAAGACAAGAAAGAACAACAGUCUUGCCGAUUCCGUCAAAACCAACAUUGAUCUUGCAAGCCAAGCAAGGACAACUACUAAGGAGAAGCUGAAGACACCUCAGGACAGAUCACAUGGACGGACCCUUCUUGGAUGGACUGGUUUUGCGGAUUUUUUACACAAGAACAAUCUCUGCAACGACUCGUCAUCACACAUUCCUUCUUCUGAAAAAAUACCAACUUCCUCCAAAAAGGACAUUCUCGAUGGCUGGAAGCUCUCUGAAAAUUUCAUCAAAGGAGAUGGGAACUGCCUUUUCAGAGUGGUGGCAACCUGGCUUCUGGGGCAUCAAGAUCAACAUCAGAAGAUAAGAACACCUUGUUAUGAUGAGUUGGCAAAGAAUCAAGAUCAUUACGCACCUUUUGUCACUCGAGACGACCUCAGGCAGCCUGGCCAAACAGCCCAAGAAGGACUAUUAAUUCAGUCUUUGCCUGAAGAAGAAAUCUACAAUUUCUUUUUGAGAAAAAGUCAAUCUGAUGGGUUUUGGGGUGGAGACCAUCAUCUGUCUGCAGUCUCACACGUCUUUGGGAUUCAAUUGGUUGUACUUUCACAAAACGGAGGAACUUACACAUUUCAACCCCGAACUGGAGAGCUCAAGAGGACUAUAUACCUAUGGUAUAAUGGAAAUAACCAUUACGAGAUCAUUUGGAACCCCCAACUUCACUCAGCUCAAUCAGCAAAUCCAGUCUUUCAAACUCCACAGAGGAACACGCUACCCGGAAAGUCCGUCCUCAAGCCAUCAUCUUUUCCAAGAAAUCCCGCCGACAAAUCCUCAACAACAAUUCUUUUCAAUCCACAAGCCAAAAACAACAAGAGGGUUUCCUUUGGAACCUUGGUACAUGAAAAAAUCAUCACUACGGGAAAUUCUUUGUUGCACAUUGACCCUAGACUUCAAACACCUCCAAGUCAACUCACCAAAUGCAGUUCAACAAUCUCAAACAUUCGUAAAAGUCAACAUUUUAAUUCUGCUCCUCCACAACCACGAAAUCCAGUUGUUGUGAUUCCACCUAUCUCAUUCUUUCCCUGGAAUCAGCCACUGCCUCCCAACUUGAAGAGGAAGAGAAACAGAAUAGCUGGAUUAGAGAAGAAUCACGGACUACCCAUAAUCGAUGGCUAUUGGAACAGAGUAAACGAACGAUUGAAGUUGGAAACUGGAAAAAACAAGAAGACGAUUCCUUAUGGUGUCAUCCGAUUUUCUAUGCCAGAGGGACUCUUGGAGGGUUGGUACAUCUCACACAACUUGAUUCAGACAUCAAAGUCCAUCAUGGAUCCAGACAUUACUGGCUUCUACCAUGCGGUUAAUUACUGGAUGUCCGGCACACAAGAUCGACAUUCAAUUUUUCAAAAGGACUUGGCGGAACACUUGGGAAAGCAACUACCUCAAAUGUCAAAAAAUUCAUCAAGAUUGGUGCGUGUCGACAACAAGAAACCCUUCUCUGUUGACGAAAUCAAGAAGGCUUUCCACUUGGUGUCUGAUGGUAAAAAACCUGAUCAAGUGAUAUAUUCGACUGCUGCAACUAUGUUGAGGGUUGUUCUUGUUGUGGUUGAGAUGGGAUCUACCUCUGCUACUUGGUCCCAGUACUCGCCAUUUGGAUCUCACAAUUUGGCACCCUUCCCUUCUAUAUACCUCUUUUUCAAUCUCAAUGUCAAUCGAUUUCAAAUCAUGUGGGCACCUCAAAUUCAUCAGCCUGUAGUGUGUCCAGAAAACCCUGAACUUGAAACACGAUUAUUGGGCAAUACCAAUUUGCUUUCCAACCCUCAAUCACCACCAUCUCAUGACCAUACAUUUUCAGUCCAACCAUCAAAAAACAAAACCGUGGCCGACCCCAAUCCAGAUUCUUUGCCACCACAAAAACGCUUCAAAACCCAGCCAACAAGUCAAAUCCCACAUCAUACUCUUGAACCUAAUUGCAUGCCCACCAUUGAAGAUCUGCGUAUGGUUGAUUUCGGUCCAGCUUUGACCAGACUUCACAUUUACCACCACAAGGAUGCAUGCAAUAGAAAAUGUCGCUCAAUCUCACAGGCAGCUUAUUUUGAAUUGGGAGAUUUCAGAUAUGUUGGCUGGAGAUUAUCAAUUGGUUUCUUUCCUGAUGACCAAAACUCGAUCUGGCGUGUACUCAGCUUACAACCCUCCGGAAUUCCAUUCCUCAGAGAUUCCACGAAUAUUGAAGAUAGCAUCAACUAG